CACUGCAGUGUGAAAGUUUUGAUCAAUGGACUCCAAAUGUUCAUCAACUGCUCUUUUCCUUUGCCUUAACCUUCUGUUCUUUUCCCUUACAAGUGGCUGUUUUACUUGUAAUCAACCAACAGUGCCAAAGACAAAUCCAAAGCCAAACCCAAUCCCCAACCCCACCCCGUCUAAGGGAACUUGCCCUAGAGAUGCUCUAAAACUUGGCAUUUGUGCCAAGCUACUCAAUGGCAGUGUUGGAACAACAAUUGGAAACCCACCGGACCAUCCUUGCUGUUCGGUGCUUGGUGGCCUUCUGGAUCUUGAAGCUGCUGUUUGCCUUUGUACUGCGUUGAAAGCAAAUAUUCUUGGCAUUAACAUUAACAUUCCUAUUUCUUUGAGUUUGCUUAUUAAUACUUGUGGGAAAGCACUCCCAAAGGAUUUCAUUUGUGCUUAACAAAUAGUUUAAGCACUCAUUUGUAGCACGGUUUUAGUUUUCAGUAUCUUCGCCGUACUGUUUUCUUUUAUUUAAUGAGAGCUUAAUAAUUUUUACACUGAGAUCAUUCUUUCUCAUUGUAAUUCUCAAGUUCUCAACAUGCAUUUCCUCCUUGUGAUUUUCUGUCUGCUGAUUAGUGUUGGCUUUUGAUUACGUCUAGCUUUUGUCCCAAUUUUACCCUGUAUCAUCAUUGUUAUCUGCAAAUACAAAUAUCAUCUUAAACAA